AGGCGCUGUUGUACAGGGGGAUGCACAAUCUCUAUUUGGUUGCGGGAAAUAUGUUUUAUUUUCUAAAUUAAGAAAUGACCGAAAACUUUUAAUGUAUCCCGUGCUUCAUGCUAUAUCAGCAGACACUUUCAGCUGAGGAUGCCUUCACCGACAGGGCCGACGAUCACAUGUUUGAUCGGGAUGGUGUUAUGUCAUUUUUCCGACUGCUUUACAAACUAGCAGGUAAACUUGAAAAAAUAAGCCGUGGCAGAAAGCUUCACCUUUAUCGCGACAUUUGACCGAAAAGACCCGAGAGCUUGUUUUCCGACCACUUUGAUCCGUGUUAAUUCGCUUAUGUGCUGUUUUUGCUUUUCGAUGUUUUAUUUGCUCUGUUCGGAUAAGUUGGAUUGGAUUAAAAAGCCAAAGGACCUUGUCGAGUUGGUGGCUUUGCCUUGGAAAUAGUGCUGAAUAUACCUAACUCGUGGACUGAAUACGAAAAAUCUGUUUAAUGCACGUAAAUAACUGUAUUUGCUUCAUGUUUACGCCGACGAAAUCAACCUGAGGAGUUUGGACUAAGUUUGUAUGCGAUCCGAUAAACCAGCUGUGCCUCGAGCUCACAGCUGUUCUUUAAAUUAGUGUAGCGAGCUGACACCGUUUCGUUUAAACGAUUCGACAAAAUGCGAUAGACACGGGAAAGCAGUCCGCUCAGUUAAAUUGGAUCGGGUAUUUUGGCGUGAGGCCUGCUGGUCGGGCUUUUGCCGGGCGCGAUUUAGGGGUAAGGCCGCGUCAGGUCGCGUUCAGGCCGGCCGUGAGUGACGCGCAGUCCCGGCGCCAGAGGACGAGCUAUGGAGAGGAUGGAGGUGGACCAGUGCGCAGGCGCAGGAGGAGCCCUCCGAAGGUCCAACAGCGCCCCCAUGAUCACGAACGUCAGUGAUGGGACAACAGUAUUCAACUCUAAUAGUUCGGCUCGGUAUCGUCGGAGCAGUGUUUCUGUGAACCCAAGCUGUCCCUCACGGACCCUUCCUCUGUCCCCAUUCUCGCUGUCUUGUGAAAGAUCCGAGCACAAGAGACAGAUUGACAAUAUGGAGCUCACUUUGAGAGGAAGUUUACAGAGACUAAGUGCCUCGUCUGCUGUUCCCUUCCCUCCUGCGAGUCAUUGGCACGACCAUCUGUCUCCAGGAUUCCAUUCCCAGGACAGCGGUGUCACUCCUAAUUCCUCACCCAGUCCAACUCGGAGAUUUCGAGGAGGAUCAGUGAGCUCUGGAGUGAGAUGGCCAUCGGUUGCGCCUUUGAAAAGGAAAGGCGGAGUGGAAUCGGACGGCCCGCCCAAAAAGCUCUUCGUCGCUGGAGUCACAGACCCCGCUCACAUAACCAGUUACACAGUCAGUGUUUCCCAGUCAGUGGACUCUUCCUCCGGGACCGCUCCCGUCGGUUCAAACACCCAGGCCACCCCUGUCCUCUCCCCUCCGCCCCCCUUCACCUCUCACCACCCCAGCAUCUAAAGCCCAGUAUUCAUCACACCAUCACCUUGUAGAGCUUUGGAUUCAAGGUGUCGUAAAAUGAAGACCAAACUUCGGCCUAAUCUCGGUCCUGUCCCUUUUUGUUUUCCUGCUUUUAAUUUGAAUAGCGUUUCACCUCGGUCGCUUCUGAAGGAAAUUCGAACUAGUCGUUACUUCGAUUUCAAGAUGCAGUAUAAGAAGACAGAAUCUUCUGGAUGUAUCUGACAUGGCAACAUAGAUGCUACAGGCUAUGAUGUAAUUUGUGAAUAAUUAUGGAACUUCGGUGCCUACAGAAUAGUUGGCUGUACAUACGAAAUAGUAUCUGCAAUAACACAUUUGCAAUGAAAGUGUUCAGGUUAUUGAAACCUGGCGAAUGCUGACACAAAGACCCUCUCCUUAGUGUACAGACUCAAAAGAAAGACCAGUUUUGCUCCUUUUCGUUUUCCUCGGGUUGUGACAAAACAUUUUUGUAUUUUGGUACAUCUUCAGCUUCCAUGAACAGGGUCCAACGGUCUGGUAAAAUGUCCAGAAUGCAUAGAAAAAGGACUGAGGAAUAGGGAGUAUUAAAAUCUGUUGGCCAUAGAUGUCAACUUUUUGUAUAAAUGUGUAUAAAUAUGUGAAUAAUCGAAUAUUAUUUUGGUAGGUAUUAAUCUCGUGUUUCUCUCCCGUGUUUAUCCGAGGGGUCUAAUGUCUGUAAAUAUGUUUAUUUUUCCAUAUGGCUUUUAGCUUGGGCUGAACUUUUUGAGUUUGAAAACCGUUCUUUAAAUCUUUGGAAACGAUACCAGCGCAUUCAGGCAACUCCCAUAUUUUGAUUUAGCUUACGUAAAGAAAUAGUUCACCCAAAAAAAAUUGUAUUUGCUGACAGUUUAUUUACCCUCCAGUUUGUUUCUUCAUCAGAACAGAUAUGGGCAAGUUUGACAUUGCAUCACUUACUUACCAACAAAUCCUCUGCAGUGAAUGGGUGCCGUCAGAAAGAGAGUCCACACAGCUGAUAAAAAAAAACAUCACAAUAAUCCAGAAGAGCUGGUAUAAUGUUUUAUAAGGUACAUUUGUUUCUUACAAACAAGCAGAUUUUUUAAAAGAUGCAUACUGGAGUUUUGUGGAUUAUUGUAAUGUUUUUUUAUCAGCUGUUUUAACUCUCAUCCAGACGGCACCCAUUCAGUGCAGUGGACACACUGGUGAGUAAGCUAUGCAAGGCUGAACUUCUCCAAAUCUGAUCCAGUGAACAAACUUUCCACAUCUUGGACGGCCUGAGAAUGAGGAAGAAAAACUAUCAGCAAAUCUCAAUUUUUGGUUGGACUGUUCCUUUAAAACAUGUACUGUAAAGACUAGAUGUCUCGCCUCUCGUCUACAAUCCGUUGUUGUAUACGCUAAGCACUUUCAGUUAAAAGUCCACAUCGAAAACUGACCUAGAACCUUAGAACGUGUCCUGUCUGAGGUAAGAUGCUUUUCGGUAAUGACACCGUGUCAAAAUCAUUAGUCAAACAGUUUUUCCCUCCUAAACAAGACUUUUGCGUUAUGAAUUAUGUGCAGAAACCGAGGACUUAAGAUACUUGCAAGGGACGAGCUGUUGCGUUACAAAACACGACAAACCGUUUCUACAGAAAUACAAUCACGGUUUCGGUGGAUAUCAUACUCUUCCUCUUGUACUAUUUGCACAGUGUUAGAUAUCAACGUCGCUGUUACACGAGUGGGAUCAUAUUGACUUCAUUGUAAUGGGUCUUGUUUUGCAAUGUUUUAAUUGUUCGAAACCUUUCGCUUGGGAAAUAUUCUGAUUUUUAUGUAAAAGCAGCAGUUCUGGAUCGUGGCUUCAAUCGCGCUUGUUGGAGCCGGGUGGGUUUUAUUAAGAAAACGCAUCCUCCAAAAAGCGACACGCUGCAGUUAAUUGAACUGGAAGCCCUUCUAAAGCAAAUCUACCACGACACUUCACAGCAUUAUGCAAAUGUCAAUUGCGGCGCAUGUUACAUUGUUAUUUAUGAACGUGUAAAGGCUCUGGUAGCAGUAUGUACUUCAUUGUCACAAUUUUUGAUUCCCAAAGUCUUUAUUGUAUGGACACCGGCAGCUCGUCGGUCUCCGGAGUUGCACAUCAGACAUUUGAAGCCGUUCCUCUGUUUUCCAUAUUCAUAUAUCAGGAGGGAUACAGCUCAUUCUUCGAUACGAUGUCAUUGCCUUUACUUUUAACUAUUUAGUUUUUAAUUCAGUGAUAAUGCCUUACAGGUUUUGAGUCUUGAAGUUUUAAUUCCAAAGUUACUUUGCACUGUCAUUUUGCAAUUUCCAGUUGUUGGGGUCCUUGAGAUUUCAAAGUUUGAUACCAAUGUUUAUGGGUCUUUUAAAAGCGAUUUACAAAUGUGCAAUAUGCAUUAAAGUUGCUGGAAUUAGCAUGUCAAGUUCAUUGGGAUAAUCAGUUCUAGGUAUUUAUCAAGAACCUGAAUGAAAGACUUGACAAAGAUGUUUUGUUUUCAAUCGUUUGUGUAAUCUAGAAUAAGUACCACGUCGUUUAUUUUUCGGUUUUUGCCAUACACUUACUAUGACGGGUUCUAUUGUGUCAUGUGUGAGAGAGAGAGAGGAUCGUGAUUUGUCCAUUUUUCGUUCUCCUUAAAUGAUCGAGUGGUGUUUUGAAGAAAUUGUGAAAGCACGAAAAAAAAAAACAUCGCGAAGAAAUGCCAAAGCCGAUAUCAGUUAAGUUGUAAAUAUAUUCUGGAAGCCAGAAAAAUUAAUUGAAAGAUGGAUAUUUUUUUGACAUUGGUAGCAAAAGUACAUUUUAUUCCCUCUCGGUCACCCAAGAUGAAUGUCCAGUUGUCAGAGAAAAAAAAAAUAUCAUUUACCAUAAAAUGUAUAAUUUACCAUAUAUUCUUAUGAAAAAGAUCAUAAUAAAAACUCAUUUUAUUGA